AUGACGGACCAAAAGCUCGUCUCCGCCCAGCAAAUCUCCAGCCACAAAACCCCAGACGAUUGCUGGGUAGUAGUUGACAAUCAAGUGUGGGAUGUCACCGAUUUUCUAGAAGAGCAUCCAGGCGGAUCAAAAGGUGAAAAGCAAAGACAUUCCAUCCAAUCGUCUAUAGCUAACAUGGAUCUACUAGUAAUCCUAAAAUACGCCGGCAGCGACGCAACAAAAGCCUACUCUGAAGUUCACGCGCCAAGCGUAAUGAAAAACAACCUUUCCCCACAAAACUUCAAAGGCACCCUGGACCAAUCGACCAUCGACGCCGAAUGGGUCAAACCACCACCAGAAGAGAAUCCCACGGUGAUCCUCGAGCACGAGAGACCACCACUGCACACUCUGAUCAACUCGCACGAUUUCGAGCUUGUAGCCUCGAAAACAGCCAGCAAGAAGACGUGGGCCUUCUACUCCAGCGCCUCAACCGAUCUCAUCACCCGUGAUGCGAACAAGUCCUGCUUCGACCGGACCUGGUUCCGGCCUCGUGUGUUACGAAAUGUUCGGGAUGUGGAUACCACAACGAAUAUCCUGGGCGGGAGCUGUAAACUCCCGCUUUUCGUUAGUCCGGCUGCUAUGGCGAAACUUAUCCAUCCGGAUGGGGAGUGUGCUAUUGCGCGAGCGUGUGGGGAGAAGGGGAUUAUGCAAGGCAUAUCCAACAACUCCUCCUACACAAUGGAGGAGCUCCGUAUAGCGGCACCAUCAACUUCCUUCUUCUUCCAACUCUACGUAAACAGAGACCGGGCCAAAUCCGCUGCCCUCCUCCACCAAUGCAACCUAAACCCAAACAUAAAAGCAAUCUUCGUAACCGUUGACGCAGCCUGGCCCGGGAAACGCGAAGCAGACGAACGCGUCAAAGCAGACGAGUCCCUCUCCGUCCCAAUGUUCCCCACCAAAGCGCAAAACGACAAGAAAGGCGGCGGACUUGGCCGCAUCAUGGCCGGGUUCAUUGAUCCAGGAUUAACCUGGGAGGAUUUGAAAUGGGUCAAGCAACAUACUUCCAAACCGGUUUGUUUGAAGGGUGUUAUGUGUGCUGAUGAUGCGAUGCUUGCUGUUCAGGCUGGGCUUGAUGGCAUCCUGCUUAGCAAUCAUGGAGGGCGGAACCUGGAUACGAGUCCGCCGUCCAUUGUCACCCUGUUGGAGAUUCAACGACGGUGUCCGGAGGUUUUUGACCGGUUGGAGGUUUAUGUUGAUAGUGGGAUUCGGCGCGGGACGGAUGUUCUCAAGGCUGUUUGUUUGGGGGCUACUGCUGUCGGUAUGGGAAGGAGUGUACUUUUUGCUACUAAUUAUGGGCAGGAGGGCGUUGAACAUUUGAUUGAUAUCAUCCAAGAUGAACUCGAAACUGCCAUGCGCAAUGUCGGAAUCACAUCCCUGGCGGAAGCUUCCCCAGAUCUCGUGCACACUGGUGACAUCGACCACCUCGUUCCGGCGUCCCGCUCACACCCUUACGCUCGGGCCAUAGCUAAAGGCCGGCGACCGGGCAAGCUUUAG